AGCGCGCGGGCCAUGGAGCCGGGAACGAGGCCCGGUUCCAGCCCCGCGGACGCGCGCUGAUGACGCGACGGCGCGGCGGCCCUAGCGACGGCGGUCUCCAGGGAGCGGGCGCGCGCUGAUGACGCGACGCCGCGGCGGCCCUAGCGACGGCGGUCUCCAGGGAGCGGGCGCGCCGCACGGAGGCAUGGACGCGACCACCGCCCCUCACCGCAUACCCCCGGAAAUGCCCCAAUACGGGGAGGCGAACCACAUAUUCGAGCUGAUGCAGAACAUGCUGGAGCAACUCCUGAUCCACCAGCCCAAGGACCCCAUCCUGUUCAUGAUCAGUCACUUGCAACGAGACAACAAUAAUGUGCCGAAGAUUGUAAUAUUAGGUCCACCCGCCUCGGGGAAAACAACUAUAGCAAUGUGGCUGUGCAAACAUCUCAACAGCAAUCUUCUCACUGUGGAGAACCUGAUAGGAAGAGAAUUUUCCUCUCUGGCUGCGGGUGCCAGGAGGCAUUACCAGAACGUGACGAAGGUGCCCAGCACCCUGCUCGUCAGACUGAUUCAGGAACGUGUGAGUGAGGAGGACUGCAUCAGGCGGGGCUGGAUUCUGGAUGGCAUUCCUGAAACUCGGGAGCAGGCCCUGAUGAUCCAGACCCUCGGGAUCACCCCCAGACACGUCAUUGUGCUGAGCUCUCCAGACACCGUCCUGAUUGAGAGAAACUUGGGGAAGAGAAUCGACCCUCAGACGGGAGGUAAGAUUUAUCACACCACCUUUGACUGGCCCCCCAAAGCGGAAAUCCAGAACCGGCUGGUGGUGCCAGAGGGCAUCUCAGAGCUGGAGACGGCACGGAAGCUGCUGGAAUACCACAGGAACAUCAUCAGGAUCCUUCCGGCUUACCCCAAGAUCCUGAAAGUCAUCAGCGCCGACCAGCCGUGCAUGGACGUCUUCUACCAGGCUCUGACCUAUGCCCAAACCAGCCAUCGAUCUAAUGCCCCGUUCACCCCGCGGGUGCUGCUUUGCGGGCCCGUGGGCAGUGGGAAACGUCUGCAGGCUGCCCUCCUGGCCCAGAAAUACGGCCUCGUCAACGUGCACUGUGGGCAACUGUUGAAAGAGGCAGUAGCAGACAAGUCAAAAGUCGGCGAGCUCAUCCAGCCCUAUUUUCAAAAGAAGAUGGCAGUCCCUGACAGCAUCAUCAUGAAGGUGCUGGACCAGAGGCUGAGCCAGCAGGACAGCGUUCAGAAGGGGUGGGUGCUGCACGGCUUCCCGAGAGACCCGGACCAGGCGCACAUGCUGCACAGCCUGGGCCACCAGCCCAGCAGGGUGUUUUUCCUGAACGUGCCAUUAGAUUCUAUCAUCGAGCGGCUGACCCUGAGAAGAAUGGAUCCCGUCACGGGAGAAAGGUACCACCUCAUGUACAAGCCGCCCCCGACCGUAGAAAUCCAGGCCCGCCUCCUGCAGCACCCGAAAGAUACUAAAGAGCAGGUCAAGCUCAAAAUGGAUCUGUUCUACAGGCAUUCCUCGGACCUGGAGGAGUUCUACAGGCAGGCCAUCGCCAUCAACGGGGACCAGGACCCGUACACGGUCUUUGAAUACAUAGAGAGUGGGAUCAUUAACCCCCUGCCCAGGAAAGUCCCCUGAUGGCUUCCCAGGGAAACAAAGUCAGCCCACACCCCAACCUCCCGAAACCUCAGCCAAGCCAAUAAAGUGUGCUGGGUGCAGUCUCGGGUGUCCUGGAGGCUUGAGUGGCAACACCUGCAGGUGACCCACGAGAAACAAAUGAGAAGGGCACGACGGGGCAUUUUGCAGAAAGAAACGUGAACAGCCAAAUGCGCCAAGAAAGCUCAGCCGUGUUGGUGGCCAGGAAAUGCUCACUGUCGGGGGGAUAGUGUCACCCACUCCUUCGCUGGCAGCAGUCGAAACACCUGCCUGUUCCUGUUCCCGAGAGGACUGCAACCCGGGCCGGGACCCACUUUGGGGGGCAGUUUCGCGCCUCAGGGGACACGUGUGGCUGCCAGCCUGCGGGUGAGGCGGAUGAGCAGAGAGGACAGAGUUGGAGAAGCGGAGCUGAAGUCACCCCUGACUCGGGGUUCUGCCGCCGCCACGAUCUGUACGUUGUCGGGGUGACGUGACCCCCCACAGCCCACCUGAGCCGCAGGACUGCUUCCGGGCAUUUUCAUGGAGUUGCGGAUUCUAGGUUGGAAGCUGCGGUCUUCCCGCCCCUCUGCAGCCCUCCCACUUUCCCGUCCGCAUCCAGAAUUCUUCUUGAAGCCUUACUACUGCCCCUUUUAAGGGCUCCGAGUUACGAGUUUGUCGCUGCUGAAAUCCUGCAAUCAGAACUUCGUUUACAAACUCACCAGGUCCUACGUAGCUGACGUUGCCGAGGACAUACGGUGUCCCACGCCACACCGAAGCUCUGAUUACUUCCUCUUACGUUCCUCGUACCUUUUUCUGGAAUAAACCAAAGGCACACUGAAUGGAUUCUGCCGUACUUGCUACUGGCGUUUCUUUAACACCCACGGCUCUUUCCUCCUCCUCUACUCGUGCCUGGGCAUUACUUACCGCUGCUGGUGAUGGUGCUGGGCCUGAGGAGGUUUCUAGACUUUGCUACAAACCAUGUGAACCUGACAAAGUAUGCACACAAUAUACAAACAAUUCUGUUAUUUAUUUAUUUUGAAUAAAAAAGUGGCCAAGAUAAUACUGCGGCUCUGCAUACAAAACACCACACGUUCGAGGUCGUUCCACAUUUACAAAACUGCCGUUAUGUACAGCACCGGAUAUUCACAGCAACUUUACUAGAAGCACACGAGCAACUGAGGGGCGUCCAAAGUGGGAAAAAGCUAAAAACCACCCAUCUCUCAUUAACUGGAAAGCCGGCCAACCAGCUGACCGGUAAAGGAAACGAGUACCUGUUAGGUUUUCCUUCUUGAGCAGUGACUAAAGAAAGACUGCCCCGCAGGGCUGUACGCCGACAACACACCCUCCACAACCUCCUCUUUGUUUUUUCUCCACUCUUCUCCACUUCAAACUUGUCCCAGCAACCUUUGCCCUAGUAUUAAAUAAAGGCUCAGGACACUGGGAUAUGAGCUUCAGGAAAAGGCGGCGAACGAGUGCUGAUGAUGUGGCGUGGCCUGGUUCAACCCAGGAAGCCCAGUUCGAACCCAGGCGGGACUCUGGCCCUCUUCGGGUCAGCAGUCUUCGCAGUUUUGAACGCGCUGGAAAAAGGGAACCAUGCUCCGUCUUGAAGGUGGCAGGAAGUGACUCAUUCUACGCAUCAGGAGCACCUACUCCGUGCAAGGCACUUGACAUUAGGUGCCGCAGGAACUACCAAGAUGAAGCAGACAGUCCCUGCCCUUGAGGAGCUUACAAUCUAAUCAUGAACACUAUGUACAUAUAUACAGUGCAGAGAAGCAACCAAUUUUUCUGGAUGCGGGGUAUUCCAGGCCAGAGGUGUUCCUGUUCUUAAAGUUUCCUUUAAAUGCCAAAAGUCGAAACCACACCACCCAACCAGAUGCACCCAGACCAAAGCGCGCGACACCCCAGCAGUCUGGUCGCCAAACGUAAAACCGAUAAAGCACGAAAGCGUCUCGUAGCCAUUUUGCCACCUCUUCCGGGGUCCGGCCCGACCACCUUACGGGAUCUUUCUGCGAGAGUAACGGGAUGUCGUGAUGGCGAGGGAAGCAGAUUUUUACCAUGGAAACAAACAAGAUUUAGAGUGCCGAACUUUAAAUGAACCUCCCCGGCCCGGUUACGGCAGCUCACCUGGACGGGCUCCGCCUGCACCGCGUCGGGAGGCGGGCAUCAUCUUGCCUCCUUUUCAGCUCCCGCCCAGCCUGGAACGAAUGGCACCGCCGUGUGGGCCAUCUGAACAAUCCUGCCCUGAAUGAACUCAUUCACCGACUGGGACCUCAGGCUGUAUAUUAAGACCCGCCCACCCCGAGUAUAAUUAUAAGUCAAAAAAAAAAAAAGCAAGGUAAGAAAACCUGAGUCACCUAAUCAGAUAAAGACACUGGGGGAGAAGCAGUCCCAUUCUAAAAGGAAUAGCUUCUUUAUAGGAUAUUUUUUUUAACAGCCAUUCCCCCCUUAAAUUGAUUGGCUGAAACACAGCAAGUUUUCAGAAGCAGCCCUGCUCUAACACAGAGUACAUUGGCAGAGGGAGGCCGCAGCCUGCCUACCAGCCUCAGCCUGGCUAGAAGGCUUGAUACUGAUCUACAGCAGCACCUGGGAAACGAGUGCCCGGUCUUCUGAAAAACCCCGCUGUUUCAUCAGGACAGUGACGCUAUGGUAUUUCAGACCAUUAGGAACAACUCUGUAUUUUGCAAAUUUGACUUAAUCCCACUUAAGGACAGUCAGAUUUCACAUGCUCUGUAAUCACUUAAAAAGUUUCUUUUAACGUUUUUUAUUUUGAGAGAGAGAGAGAGAGAGAGGAAGAGACAGAGAGCGGGGAAGGGAAAGAGCAGGAGACAGAAUCCCAAGCAGGCUCCGCACUGUCGGUACAGGGCCCGAUGUGGGGCUCAAUCCUAUGAACCAUCAGAUCAUGGCCUGAGCAGAAAUCAGAGGGCUGGACACUAAACCGACUGAGCCACCCAGGCGCCCCUGGGAUCACUUUAAAUAGCAGGUAUCAUCUUGGCAAGCGUGAAGAUCAUAACUCCGCAAACCUUUCUUAGCCUCAAGAAAGAGCAGUUUGAAGUUUAAUAACUAUCAGACCUGAGACACACACCUACUCCGCUUGAAGCUGUGCAUGCUUCCACUAACGACUAACAUGAAAACAAGUCACCGCAGUUAGAUCUUUUAGAGGCACCCGUAAAACCGACAACCUUGAGGGACGAGGUCAGAUUCUUGAGACACACUGGAGCCUCACCGAACUGUGCAACUCCACGGACACACAGAAAGGGAGCGUGUGAGCAGAAAGGUGUGUUCGUGAUUGAUCACGGGAGCCACGGGGACGCCCUCAAGGGUCCACGGGGGGCUAACAUUAAGACAUUCAUUCAUUUCUCUGCCUAUUGGCUGUUUUCACCGCCCAAUCUCUUUAAAAAAGAAACAAAAAAACAAAAAAGGGCAGAAUAUACCUUUCCCUUAGAAAAACUUAGGCCGGCUGACUUCUCAUACAACCCGUCCGGCUUGGCGUCACCAGAAGUUCUGCUUGUCAGGACAAUGCUGGCUUGGGGAGGGGGGUGGGUAGAGUAAGGAGCUAACAUUUAGCAGACUCUACCCCAAAGCCCAGCCAGGAGCUGCUGAGCACUCUGCCACGGAAAUAACCAAGAGUUUCGAAGAAAACCAGAUACAGUUUACCAAGCUAACAACUAACACUGUUACCCUUAGAAAGAAGUCACUGUGUGAUGCCGUCUCUCCUGGGAAGGGAGACCUACCGUGUGAUUUAAUUUGCACAGAUUUUAUCACUGAUCUGUCGUUCUUCCAAGCAUGAAAUCUGCUAGCUCUGGACGUGUCCUAAAGCUGAGAAAACCAGAGGAAGGGAAAUCAAGAGGAAGGACAGGCAAGAGACAGGAAUCAGGAGCAAGAAGGCUCUGGACCUGGACCGGUGGCGUUAAUUCCUGCGGUAAAGUCACUAAACUCGGAAGCGGUUUGACUGUUGCAAGCGGAGCAGGUGUUCCUUAAAACUCCCCGUGACAAGCACCAAUAACCACCAACUUCUGCUUCUUAGCUGAUAGCGUUCUAGUUACAACAGAAUAUAUUUUAAUAUUCCAUUACUACCUUUUAACAUUCCGUUCACCUGAUUAACCCGCGACACUCGCUAACAGGUCCAACCCGCACGUUUCAACAUUAACAUUCCCAAAAACUUCUUAGAGAGAGGCAGAAAAAUGUCACGCUCAACCACACGCUUCGCCAGUGGUUCUAAUAAGUCCUGACACUGAAAAAUAAUUGGUAGUUCUGGCAGAUAUAAUAGUAGGUCGAGGCUGCUUGAAGUCUGGGUGGUGGACACGUGAGGAUUUCAGAAUGAAUCCCGAGCAUAACAAGCUAUCAAUUUCUUAUCUAGAGUAAUGGGGACAAAUUAACCCCGGGCGGAAAGAGCGCGAUCCAGGUGUGGCUAUCAGACUCCCGAAUGCAACAUGGUGUAGCUGAAAAGGCCUAAUUGCACACAGUCUUCGCCCCCGUGCUCCCAAGCAGCGCGACACCGUGGCUUCUACCGCUUCUGAAACGGUUGCUACAGUGACAGCCGAGAGAAACUCAAAAUCCACUAACCAGAUCAGGCAGAUGUGAGGAAGCACGGAGGGCAUGACAAGUUUAAGCCGCCAGAGACAAUGAGCCGGAAGAUUCCAGGGGUCACCCCUGCGUUCCCAAGGUCCCACUGACCGGCGCUCUGUCAUCAGGUGCUCUGACUCUUUGUGAAGUCGGAAGCGGACCGCGUUUGUGAUGCUGCCACGAGCUCACGCCAGCCUCCGUGGCUGAGGGGGUGGGGCUGGAAGAGGGGGAGACCGCCCGGCUCCACGCAGAAACGCGGGCCGAGCGGGGGUCGGGUGGGUUUCAGAAUCUGAAGAAUGCCCCCAGGCCUAGUCCCGCGCAGAGACAAGCCAGGUUCUAGCCCAACAGUUGCCAUGUUUAUUCCUACACGGACAUACAAAAUAAUUUGGGAGACCCUUCUGGUUAGCUCCCAAGAGUUAAAUUCCCCCCAAAUGUACAACUGUUUUAAAUGAAAACUUAAUGUAAGUUUUAAAUGGCAGCAGCACAGAAGUCCCCAACCGGAACAAAUUGAACACUGACCCUGGUUGGAACCAAAAAUAUGCGAGACUAAGCAUCCCAUGAUUAUGAAAACUGCAAUAAUUCCUUGACGCGGUCUCAAUUUCUCAAACCCUCCUAUUUGCUGUCAUGUCCAACAGCUACAGGCACAAACGACCACGGCCACACCGCCUUCUGAGCUGCGUCACCCACCCAUGACCUUAAUGCCGCCCGAUUCUUUCCUGAAAACCAACUUAACGUGCCAGACGCUGGCAUCUGGAUCAACACUAUUCUUGAAGUCACCAAGAGGAGAAGGAUCAGAAGACUCCAGAAAAUACAGAUUUGAACUCAGGAGACAAAGCAAGAUUAGAACAGGAAACCAAAGACAUUUCAAAGCAGACCGGAAGCGCCUCUGAAGGGCUCCUGGCUCUCGACACGCGAGCGGAGGGGCAAGAAUGCAGUGGCGUGGGGGGCGUCCGGGGGCAUCUCGUCCAAACAGCAAGCGUUUCUGAAGCGGGGCCAAGAUGUCUUUCUCUGAGCGAUCACAAGAAAGGCAGCAAUAAAUGUCAGAAUGAAGGCCAGACAGCAUGGGACAGAAGUGGCAAUUUCACAUUUUGUAUUUCCUAUCCAACUUCCCAGAAAUACGCACCAUCUCGAGCUGUGGGCAUCGCAGUCCUGUUGAAUAGCACCAAUCCCUAGGACACUUACUUUGUAAUCUGGCAACACUGUCAUUCCUGAAUGUCCAUCUUUAGUUUUGGACUUUAAGGCCAAUUGAUGUCUAACAGCUCCUCUUAACAGCCCAGAGGAAAAUACCAGUAUUACAAAUACCAAGGACCUUUAUACUGAGGAGGAAGUCCCAGGCUCCCGUCUACUGAGCCGCACACACCUGUGGCACCAGAGCACGUCUGGGCUGCCCACUGCUUUCUGGAAGUUUCCUGGAAGUCUUUAGAUGGACUGCACGUUCUCAUACUGGAUAUAAAUGAAAUGUCUGGACAUGUCAACAUUAAAAACACUCCAAGUCUUAAGGAGAAAAUAUUCUUUUUCUUCUACGUACAAAAAUCUCACGUAGGCUGUGACAGUCAGUCUGAAGCAGGGAGGUGUCACGGGUGAACGGGAAUACCAGAUGUCCUUUACACAUUAAGGACAAAGGACAGGAAACCUGCUAACGUGGGAGCUCACUAAAAAUAAGUCACAAUUAUUAACUUAGGAGAAUCACCUGAUCUUUUGACACAUUAAAGCCAACUUUAGUCUUGGCUUCAACCUCUUAAAAAUCCAGUUCUAUGAGAAUGGUUUCCAUAUGCAUGAGAAACAGGAAUCCUCGGGAUACAGAUCUGUGGCUGUUUGUUCGGAACAAAGCAUCAGGACCCUGUGCUGUUUCCAACACUUUUAACGUGUGCCGGAAUACCGCGUACCAUGCACCGCGCGCUUAAGCUCUCUGGAGCAGCGGCUCGGCACCAAGGCAAGCGUUAAGCCCAACUUGGUCCAGCGAGGCCCUUACCCCAACUCUCUAGAAGAGAUCGUUCUGUUCCCAGAGAUGAUAGGGCAUUCUUGUGGUUCAAACCGCUUCAGUCAAAACACUUGAAAAAUAAGUGUUCCUCACUGGGUGAGGAGGCGGGGGGCUAAUGUUCAUCUCAGAAUGACUUAAAAUCUCUGCAUUCAGUUGUUUCAAAGAAAUCCCUUAGUCCCCGGAGACAGAGACCGUGCUUCAGAAAUGAGUUCCCAGGGCCCUGUCUACACUCCUGGAGAGAGCCUCGCCACCCGAAGGCGGGGAUCAGCCAGCGCGUCCUACGUCUUCAGGCCAGAGGGCAUUUUCUGUAACAGAGUAUGUGCCCUUCCCAUCUUCCCACCGCUGACGUUCAGAAGACGGGAGAAUCGCAGAAAGGGCAAGGGCUUUGCAGUAACCUCUUAAUCCAGUCAGGAUCUGCAAAGGAAGACAAGUGGCAUUGAGUGUCGGCUUCGGAGCGGGUGGGCUGAGGCCUGGCCGGACAGCGUGAACGCACAAGAGGCCUGGUCCUGGCUCUGCGUCCUCAGAGCACCUCGCGCCAACAUCCUAGACCAGCUGGACUAGAUCUGUGCUUCCCAAAGCUAAGUGUGCGAUGAAAUUUUCAUCCCUCUAUGAUGGAACAGGAAGAGAAGGGCAUGGAUACAACGAGCCUUUAGAACUUCCUCUAGAACUUCCUCGUCUUACUAGGAGAAACACCUACCCGUGCCGUGCGGUCAUCGUACUCCUCGUCAGACAUCAGAAAGUUGCAGAGGCCCCUGGUGGGGAUGCUCGUGUUCUCUGUGAUCCAGGUGUGCAGGUACACUUCUCCUAAGACCCGCUUCAUGUGCUCCCUGGUCAAGUGCAUUUCCACGCCUUCGAUCUUCCCUUGGAUCUCCAGGAGCUUCUCUUCCAUCGGCUCCCGGCCCCCGGCGUCUCCAGAUGGGGUCAGCGAGUCGUCGAUGGGGUCCUCGGGAUCGCCCUCUCUGCUCCUCUCCUGAAGGCCCUGCCUACUGGCCUGUCUGGAAGUGCCUUCCUCUUGUUCCUCCUCGGCAUUGCCCAUCCCAGGGGAGUCAACGAGUAAGAUUUUGGAGUCCUCGUGGGACGGUUUCCAUAAUGCUUCUGAAGGGGUUUUCUGCAUCGACUGAUACAAAAUCCUCAAGAGGAACAGUUUGAAACGCCAAAAAUACGUGGCCCCACUGCUUUCGAUCUUUUUCUCCAAAGCUUCUUGUAAAAACUGCGGGAUGUGUUUAUCUUUUAAAAUCUUCCAGCGAACCAGAUCUAUUAAAUCAACCUGCUUGAAGAGAUUCUGAACGGAAGACUCCAGGAGCUGAGCAGCUGCCUCUUCAAAGGUUUUGAGAGUAACGAACUGGACCUGGUAAUUUUUGUUAACGGGGUGGAGGCCGUUGACCAUGCCCUCGGUCGUAAUGACGGCCAGGUACGCGCCGCAGGGGCUCACCGCUAUCCCGUGCGUCCUCACGGAGCCAAACACAUCCGAGAGUUUAAUUAGCUGGUGUUCAAACUUUAACGCCACAUCUGUGAAAAUGGGAAUCAGCUGCCUCACCUUCCCGUCACUGGAACAAGUAUACACCGUCCCGUUCUGCUUGUCCGCAGUCAUGGAGACGAUCGGCAGCGAGUGAAGGCCUGUGACGUGGGAGUUGUGAACGUUGAGGCCUGCUUUGGAGAUCAGAAGAAGACACCAGAACACAUAGGAUCCUCUUGCUGCCACCACCAAGCUACAACUGCACUUCUGGUAAGGGUGAUAGAGCGGGACACAUUUAAUGCUGUGCACCGGCAACUGGUCCAUCUCCUUCCACAAGACAACAGGCUGCCUUAGAGUGAAAUAGCCUUUAACUGCUUUGAGAUUGACGGGCAGGAUUUUCACAGGUCCAAAAGCACUCCCCACGAUAAGGCCGCUCAUUUUCCGAUUAUUGUGCUCAUAUUCCCACCAAAACAAAACACUGGGAGAGCUGAUUCCGGACUCGAUCGUGUUGCACGAAGAGAUGGACUCCUUCCCUACAAAGGGCAACUGAAACUGCCACACGGCGAUGUCGCCGUUCUCAAAGAGGACCGCCAGGAGCACGCUGCCUACGUCCCGGCACUCGUUGUUAUGCUUGACCUGCUGAGUGGUGCAGAUGCCCGACCACUCCAUCCUGACCGGAGUCUGCAUGCUGUGUCUCCUCUGAAACUCCGCGAAGUCCCCGAGACUCCCUUCCGGAGCCUCAUUCUUAGAGAGUCUGUAACUGGUCUCGUAAAGACGUUCUCCGUAAAUCUCUGUCAGAUCGACCAGCUGGACCCACUGGAGUCUGUUGAGGUUAGCCUGGAUGGUCAGGCGAUUGUCCAUGGUCAGCGCCGCCAAGAGGCACCUACCAUUUGCAUCGCAACCCAUGGGGGACCAGCUGGUGUAUUUGAAUCCCCUCAUCGGUGGCAAAGCUUUCCCCUCAGGGUUGAACACCCUAUCCAACAUGAAAGUCUGACUGACUGUGGGGUCUUUCGAGGUGGCAAACUUCUCCUUACACUCAGCAACUUCUGCUUUAGAGCCAACCUGAAAAUGAGAGAUACAAAAACCAUCAGAUAAAUAUUUCACUCUAAGAGGAAUAUAUCUACACUACUUAGGGUACCGAGUGAUUCAUCAGUGUCGACUAGGUCACGUUCGCAUAUACAGAAUUUUGUAUCAAUUCUCUUAAUUUUGAAAGACAUACGUUUAAAAGAUCAAGUGUGUGUCCGAAAGGGAGUACUUACUCAAGAAAUAAAGAUUUUUGUUUUAAGAGUCAGAAUAAAUGUUGCCAUGAUUCAUA